AUGUCGGCUGCGGCGGCGGCCGCCCUAGCAGCUCAGCGAGCGCCAGGCGACGGGAGGCAACCCCUUCUUUCUUCCUCUUCGCCUUCGUCCCGCCCUCGCUCGUCGCCGCCUUACCGCCGUUCGCUUCUGCGCGAAGUUCUGUCAGAAGCAGAACUGACGGAGUUGGGCCUCGACGCCUCCGUGGACGAUUCCCCCUCCGUCCCCCCUUCGAUCUCGCGAAAGCAGUUCAGGCGCCUCUUUUUCUCUUCAUUCCUCUGGAUUCUGCUGUACUGGGGCUCGCUUCUCGCUCUUCUGGUGUACGUACACCGGGACGGGUGGAGCGCCCGGAGAGCGAACGCCCCGCAGAAAGGGGUGUAUGUACACCUCGGCGCUGGCCGAGGGGACGGGGCAGACGACGGAAAACAUGCCAGCACACACAGUAGUGCGGAGCACGCGACUGCCGACCACGAAGACAAGACCGGGAAUUUCUUGUCCACGCAGAAGAAUGGGGGAAGGCGUUUCUUCGAGGCCGAGAAGCAGCAGGAGGCCCUCAGCGGACGGCAGGCGGCGUCGGCUCUGCCGGAUAUAGUGACGCCCUCCUCAGCUUCUGGUGCGGCUUCUGGCGCGUCGUUUCCGUUUCUUGAGUUGGGAGGCGCGUACACCACGGCGGAAGCGCUGAAGGGUGUCGUUUGGCAGGGCGAAGGCAUCGCACCCAGUCCCUCGGCCGUCGUGCCGGAGUCUUCUGGCCCCGAACUCGAGGAGCCCUCUUGGAGGGCUUGGCUGUGUCUUGUGUGUCUGUGUCUCGCGUCCAUGUUGUAUGAAGUCGGCGUCCUCUCAUUUCUACGAUACCUCACGCCUCCCCCACGAGAUAAUUUGUUCGCAUUUUGCCAGGCUUCGUCUUCGCUCGCCUCCGCGGCAUCAUCUCCGCUUCUUGCGACGGGGUCGGGUUGCUUGACGCUGCUUCUCGACUUCGUCGUGCACUUCUGUCAACUUGGGGACGUGCUCUUCAUCGCUGCAGUGCUUCCGCCUCGGUUCCCACUCUCUCUUUUCCUGUGUUGCUUGUACUCGGUCUCCCUCAACUCGCUGCUCCUGUUUCUGCUUCAACUUCGCGCUCUUCUGUCGGCGAACCAGAGAGAUAAUUUCGCCUUACACGACGCGCCCGCGUCCUGCUUCUACGUCCCCGCGGCCCUCGCCUCGCGGUCGGUGUCUUUCCUGCUUUCGUGCCUCGACGUCGUCCUCUUUGUGUGCCUGUUUGCGCUCCGCCUGGUCUGCCUCUGCGUCGCACUUGGCGCUGUGCUCUGCGCCCACCUCUGCAAGGCCUGCGGUCGCGCCUCUUGUCUCCUCCUGCGGGCGCGGCCUGGAGCCCAGACGACCACGGCCCUCGCGCCCGCGCACGCCGCCGGGGCGCAGCGUAGACUCUUCCGCAGAGCCUUCGCGUGCUGCGGCGAGGGCGACGCAGUCUCGGCUAGAGACGGGCGCGAAGGAGACAGAGGACAGGCGCUCCUGUCGCCAGGCAACAUUGCCGCGCUCGCAGGCGCGAGCUCUCGCGGUAGGGCGGCGGACGAGGAAGGCGAAUCCAGCCAGCCGCAGGGAUCCCAAGGACAGGAGAGGGAGCGACUCCCCGGGUGUGAAGCGCCCGCAGACGUAUCCUCUUGCUUCAUAUCGCCCUCUUUUUUCCGGGGCGCUGAGUUGGCCGCGGACGAGGGCGAGAGCUCGGCGCCUCCUCCGUCUUUCUCGCCGCCCUCACGGCGUCUUCGAGGAGGCAGGGGCGACGGCGGGAUUCUUCAGCAGGUGCUGCACGGAUUCCUUCACGCGAAAACGGCGACGCACGCUGGGCAAGAAAGCCGUUUUCCUGUUCCUUCGCGGUCGGCGGAACCGGAGAGCCCCAGCAGAAACGCGCCUCGCAGCUCUUCGAUGCCGCCUUCGCGUUCGCGUGCACAUCGGUCGUCGCGCCUGCCUCUGUCUUCUUCUCUCGUUUCGGAGUCGCUCGCGUCGCCCUUUUCCUCUGCCUUCGGCGCCUCCCUUCCGGCACUUCUCUUUCCAAGCAGGCGCGGCGCCCGCGAGGCGACCGCCGUCGCGCCAGCAUCAGAGGAGGCCCUCAAGGCCGAGGACCCGCGCCGCGCAAGACGAGAGGAGACCGAGCGCGCGCGGAGACGCAGAGACGGCGACGCCGAGGGGCCUUCAGCCCCUCCUGGGGCGAAGGACAGCGAGGGGGUCGACCGCGAGAACGGAGGCAGCGACGAAGUCGCGACCACCCCAGACGUCGUCGAAGGCGGCGAAGUCCUCAAGCUCGCCAACCUCUUUCUCCUCCUCGAUAUGGCUUCAUCCACCGAUGCACUCAAAAAUCGUUUUCUGCCGGCGGACAGCUUGGAGACCUUUGAAUUCGGUGCCUCGAUUCUUUCACUCAGCCGCUUCUACAUGGGGGACUUGUGUCUGCUGUUCUUCCUGGUGUACGCGGUCGGCGCAUUUGGCUCCGUGCCUCUGCCCGCGGUCCUUCUCUGCGUUCGCUGCUUCAAGCUGACUCUGCAGAGUCUCCUCUUCCUUCUCAAGAGCGACGCGUCGAUAUGGGAGCUCUGGUGCUACGACUUGGAGUGA